CUCGCUCCCUGCCUGGGAACAUGGCCGAAGUCGGGGAGGACAGCAGCGGGGCGCGGGCUCUGCUGGCGCUGCGCUCUGCGCCCUGCAGCCCCGCCGCCGCGCCCCCUCCCGGGCCGCCGCCCCCGGCCGCGCCGCCCGCCCCCGGCCCGGUGCUGGCUCGGCUGCAGGGCCGCGAGUUCGAGUUCCUCAUGCGGCAGCCGGCCGUCACCAUAGGCCGCAACUCCUCGCAGGGCUCGGUGGACGUCAACAUGGGCCACUCCAGCUUCAUCUCCAGGCGGCACCUGCAGCUCAGCUUCCAGGAGCCGCAUUUCUACCUGCGCUGCCUCGGCAAGAACGGAGUCUUCGUGGACGGCGCCUUCCAGCGCCGCGGCGGCCCGGCCCUGCAGCUCCCGCCGCAAUGUACUUUUCGAUUCCCUAGCACGGUUAUAAAGAUCCAGUUCACAUCUUUAUACCACAAAGAAGAAGUAAAAGAGGAAGCUUCGUCGCCUCCCCUUCGGCCUCUUUACCCUCAAAUUUCUCCUCUGAAGAUCCACAUCCCGGAGCCGGAUCUCCGCAGUGUGGUCAGCCCCCUCCCAUCCCCCACUGGCACAAUCAGUGUACCCAACUCUUGCCCGGCCAGUCCACGCGGUGCUGGAUCCUCAGGAUAUCGUUUUGUUCACAACAUUACCUCGGAUCUGCAGCUGGCAGCAGAGUAUGCAGCAAAAGCAGCAUCAGAACAGCAGGCAGAUGCAUCUGGCGGGGACAGCCCAAAGGAUGAGUCCAAGCCACCCUACUCUUAUGCUCAGCUAAUUGUGCAGGCUAUAUCUUCAGCACCAGACAGGCAAUUAACACUAAGUGGAAUCUAUGCCCACAUUACCAAGCAUUAUCCAUACUACAGGACUGCUGACAAAGGCUGGCAGAAUUCCAUUCGGCACAACCUCUCCUUGAACCGUUACUUUAUUAAAGUCCCACGCUCCCAGGAGGAACCUGGAAAGGGCUCCUUUUGGCGGAUUGACCCCGCCUCUGAAGCUAAACUUGUAGAGCAAGCAUUUAGAAAAAGAAGGCAAAGAGGAGUGUCCUGCUUCCGAACACCUUUUGGGCCUCUCUCCUCCAGGAGUGCUCCAGCCUCCCCAACUCACCCUGGCCUGCUGUCCCCUCACUCUAGUGGCCUACAGACUCCAGAGUGCCUGUCAAGGGAAGGCUCACCCAUUCCACACGAUCACGACUUUGGGUCAAAAUUAGCCUCAGUUCCGGAGUAUCGGUAUUCACAGAGUGCACCUGGAUCUCCAGUCAGUGCCCAGCCAGUGAUUAUGGCUGUUCCUCCUCCUCGGCCAUCUACUCUGGUGGCAAAACCAGUUGCAUACAUGCCAGCAUCAAUAGUGACUUCUCAACAGCCUUCAUGUCAUGCAAUUCACGUCGUUCAACAAGCUCCCACUGUUACAAUGGUUCGAGUUGUGACCUCCUCUGCAAACUCUGCAAACGGAUACAUCCUCACAAAUCAGGGCACAGCAGGAGGAGCUCAUGAAGCUGCAGGAGCAGUGUUGGACUUAGCUGGUGACCACCGAGGUAUGGAUGAAAAGCCAACGAUCGCGUUUGCCACAAUACCCACCGCCAGCCGUGUUAUUCAGACAGUUGCCAGCCAAAUGGCACAGGGUGUUCCAGGACAGACCGUCACGAUCCUUCAGCAGGCAGCUCCAGUGACCAUUGGGCAGCAUCAGCUCCCCGUGCGGGCGGUCACCCAGAACGGCAAGCAUGCUGUCCCCACCAACAGCAUCACCGGCAGUGCUUAUGCUCUUACAAAUCCUUUGCAGCUUCUCGCAGCCCAGGCCAGCUCAUCCACUCCUGUUGUAGUCAGCCGGGUAUGUGAGACAGGGACUGAAGAGACAGCAGCAGCCUCCUCCAGUGAACCUGAAGUCAAAAGACCCCGGAUAGAAGAGUCCAGCGGAGCAGUCCAGGCCCCGACUGGAGUCAUCACAUCUACAGUGCCACAAGGACAGGCAACCAGUGAAUGAAGAACCGGUGGGAGGAGCUGGAGUGGUGUGGGGUGGGCAUGGGAUGGCAGCAGCCCCUAACGCAGCUUUGAAAGAAAACAAACCACAACUGUAACAGCUCUAAACAUAGCCAACAGAGCUCUUUUUAAAGGCAGAUUUUUUUUAAAAUGGGAGGUCAACAGCUGUUAGAAUCACAAGGUGCCAAAAAGACAAGAAUGGAAAACCCCUCCCGAGCACCCGUACCUGGAACUCUGUUCUGUCUUUACCUAUGGAUAUUUUUUCCUUUUUUUUCUUCUUUGUUUUUUAAAGAUUCCAAAAAAAAAAGAAAAAAAAAAAAAUACAGACAACUGAUUGUAUGACUGCUGGGAUUUUUUUUUUAACUGUAUUUUCCCCUUUUGGCUCCAAGGGGAUGGGAUUUGCAGUUCAGCAUCUAAAGGAAUGUAACACAAAUACAUUCUGCUCCCUGGAAAUGCCUUAAUACUGCGCUUCUCCGAGCUUUGAAAUGUAGGACCAUUUUUAAAAGGCCAGCUAAGGCAGUCAAAUACUGAAAAAUGGGUGCAGUAUCUCACAACAGCAGCAUUAAAGAAACAUGGUACCAAGCUUAAAGAAAAAGGCAGAUUAAUUUUUUUUCUAAAACAGAAAAAAUCUGAGUAUUAAUGAAUGUUUAUUUAUGAGGAGAUUCAGGAGGAAGAGUUGCAGAGCUCAACCUCCUGGAUUUCCAGAUGCAAUUUCUCUCCAUUUCCUCUGAGGGAGAAUGAGAUGACAGAGGAACUGUGUUAAUUUGGUUCCUGUAAAGAUAUUAAAAGGUUUUGUACCUUCAGUGACUUCUUACAGUUAUUCAUCACUUGCUUUGGACAGCAUCCCAAGUAUCUUAACGUCUGAGGAUUGUGUGGGGAAGGGUGUCUCAGAGGUUGUAUGUGUUUUUGGUAUUAUUUUUGUGAUCACAUACUGUGCUCUCCAGCACCAGGGUCUGUUCAAAUUAGCACUGCACAUCAAAGGUAUCAAAGCCACUGGUCCCCAUAAACCUAAGAAAAUGUUGCCUGGUCUCCUGCACUGAAGUGGUCUGCCUUCAUCUUGACUGGCAGUGGCAUCCUCAGCUAGAUGGGUGAUGUUCAGGAUGCCAGAGCUGGGUAGGAAUCUGUCUCCAACUCUCUCCCAUGGGUGGAAGAGGCUGAUAGCAAUGCUCCUUUGUUAUUUUUCUGAGAGAAAGAUUAAGGGCAAGUGUGAGAGGCACCAGAGCUCACACAGCAUUUAGUAGAAAUUCUGUGUGUAGAGACCAAGGCAAAAGAGACCUUUUAUUUUCCAUGUUUAAGAGUCACUGGAGGUAUUAAACAGGUUUUCCAAAAGGAAUUCGGAGGCUUCCUUUCAUUCUUCAGCUCCAUCUCCUGUCUGCCCUACCUUUUAGACUGUUUGAGUUGGCCAGUAGAAGGAGGAAUUAUUUAAACUGUAUUCCAGGCUCUUCAUGUAGUACAUCUUACAAGCAAAGCAGACUUGAGUGGAGAAGUGGCUGUGUGUGGAACCUGUGACUGGCAAAGGAAUCAGCUUCUGCACAGCUCCAGCUGACCCUUUCAGCUUUACACUUGUGUGUGAUCCCCUUGGUUAAUUUGUCUUCUGGCAGCACAGCAGAGACUCUGUAACUUACAAAAUGUUAUGGCUUUAUUAAUGGCAAGAGUGACUUAACGGGGAUGGGGUUGAUGGCUUUGGAAGGUUAAACCACAGCAAUUUAUGUCUGAUGAAAUUUGAAGAGGGAGAGAAAAUCCACGCAGUAGCAUCUAGCAUCACUUGUUCCCUUCUAGGUUUCCUUUCUGUUUGCCAAAUCCUAUUCAAUAGCUCUGUCCCACCACUUGAAUAAAACCCAAGUGCAUUUUAUUCUCAAGCCAAUUGUUUUGUGAGAAAUAUUUCUGAAAGUAAGAAAGAAUGUUGUGGUCUCAUGAUUUGUGGUCACGGUCUACAGUCAUGGGCCUGCAAAAGUAUUUGGGACAGUUCAUUUCUAUACAGCUAGGCCUUCGUAAUUUGUGUGCCUUCAGUGCCAAGUUAUUAGGCUGUGUUUUAGUACUUGGAAAUUAUUCUUGUGGAGGAUUGUUCCAGCCCACAAAGUAAUUGAAGCAGGCCAACCUCUAGCCGUUAUGUUUCCUGUCAGGAGGACUAGGUGCAGCAGACUGGAAAAGAGACACAUCAGCUCUGUUUUCUCUGUAGCCUUUUCAAGGCAGAAUUCAAUAAAAUGGGCUUCAAGGAAGAAGCUACGAGGGAGAGUGCAGCAUAGUGCGUCCGUAAUUAAUUGUCACAUUCAGAUGAAUGCUGUUUAGGUCCAGGCACACCUCUGAAACAGCCCUGAGACUAGAGAGCUGUCCUGAAGCAGUCUUUGAUUUUCCAGCACGUUGGGUGAGUCAGCUCAAGAUGAACAACCAGCAGAGCACUGUCUGAAGCUGCCAAAUUUCUGUGGCAAAAUGUUUCUUUAUUGCUCCUUUCCUUUUAGAAGUUCUAAGUCAUUGGGACUGAGACUUCUCUAUGCUAGUCCAGCACCGUAGCAAUACAUCAGCUGAACUGUGGUGGUCUUGUAAACCAGCUGCUAUUUUAGUGAUACCUCUAAGUCUGUCCUCAGGUCGACUCCAUAGAUUUGCCUCCUCUGCAUUUGGAACAGAACAAUGCUUUCUCAGUCUUCCUUGUGUGGCUCAGAGCGCCUUGUGGCUUAAGUGCAAGUUGGCCACAAGCAAAUCUCUCUGAUCUGUUCAGCCAUCUGCUGGAGGUGCCUGGAUCUCAUGCUCCAGCCCAUUGGGAUUUCUGUGUUACAAUGCUGCUGAGAGAGCUUUGGUGGGGAGAGGAGUAAGGCAUUUUGCUGCAUCUGCUGCUGUCUGUAUAACAAAGGUCAAGGCACGCUGAUUAGUUAACCUCCUCUCACUUGGACCUAAGAAGAUUUUCAAACUGACUUCAUAACACGUGAGUUCUCUUUUCACUGUGCCUCCGACAGACUAAUUUUGCUUUAACUGUGGUCAGUUUAUAGCAACUUUUGUUGCCUCCGUUUGCAAACGCUGGAUGCAGUUGUUUUGGGUUUUUUUCGUCUGAAUUCCUCAGUUAUUGUUUUGUCUUGACUGUGGUUCAUGUGAGACAGGAAGCUUUUUUUACAGUGAGAUCAUUUAAUCUGAUGUAGUGAUAACAACGCUGUGCUGAACACAGAAAUGGAGUUCAUGAUUAGCUCAUAAAUUCUUCUCGACAACUUAUUCUCUCUGUCUCCCUCCUUCCCCUGUGCCAUUAAUUCUGCCCCUUGUAGCACACACUCUCCCUGAUAUCUGCUGCCUGAAGCAGCACCUUGCUUAACUUCUAUCCAGGGACACAAGGAUGCAAAUACCUGUGGGAUGCAUGUAGCUCCAGAGCUUGAUGAAAAAGGUCAGUUUUUGUAACUUUCAUUCUGUGUGUUAGAAAUGUUACUGCUGGACGCAGUCUGCUUAGGAGAGUGCCGUGAGAACCACGUGAAAGCUUUGGGAGAGAAGUAGUUAAAUAACACCUGAUGCUUUUGCAGUGCUCCUGCAAUCAGUGCUGUGAUCUGGCUCCAGAUACUGGGAAGGAAUAAACUUGGUUUGCACAUGUUUCAGACAUCUUGUGUACUUGUAACUGUCAUUUACAGUUAACUUCCACAUUUUUCCCCUUUUUCAGUAGGGAAACGCCAGCAGUAAAGCACAGUUCAAAGAACAAAAGAUUAUGCAGCUGUAUCUAAGCCAGUGAGAGUGGCUGACCGGAGCCUUCCUGUGGGGUGAUGUGGAGCACUUUGCACUGACUGACAGGGCCUUUUGUCUCUGUUAGUAAUAGGGUUUCCUAGCAAGGUGUUCAGUGAUGCUCUGAUGUCCACUAGUGUCUAGGUGACAGCCAGAAUGCUGGGUGAAAGGAGAAGCACUUCCCUGCUGCACUUGGAUUUGGAGUCUUUAAUACAAGGGUCUAAUUCAGGAAUAGCUCAGGACUUUUCCUGCUGGAUCAAAAGCUGUUUCCUUAGUCUUACUGCAUUUAAUCUCUAAACUCAAACUGGUUGCUUGUUUCCAUCUUCCUUGUCUUUCAGAUUUAAACUGUGUCUCCUAAAUCAUAGUUUAUCGCUGUCAUGAACGUAAAUCAUGUAACACUGCAAUGUAAGGGAAGAUCAGAUCUCAGGUCUAGAUUUCUGUGUCUGUUACUGGCCAGUAGCUGCCUAGAAAUGCAGAAUAAUUUGGGCUGGAAGAGGCCUCUGGAUGUCUCUGCUACAGCCUGGCGUUCAGAGAAGGUCUGAUGAGAUCAGGUCACCAUAGAAUCACAGAAUCGCAAGGUUGGAAAUGACCUGCAAGAUCAUCUGGUCCAACCACCAUGGUCACGUGCAGCUGAGUUAUAAAUGCCUUUAGAUGGAGCUUCCACAACUCUGGUCGUUCUUCUCAUGUCUGACCACGAGGUGAAAGGUUUUUGCAUCCCUGCAUGUCAAUGCCUCCUUCCCAUCACUACACACCUCCAAGGAGAGCCUUACUCUGCAUCUCCCAACCAGGCAGCUGAAGGCAUGGGUAAGAUUUACCUCCUGCUUUGCUGCUUCCUCUGAAGGCAGCAGCCUGGUUAUCUCCACCUCUUCUGCACUUUGGGUGCUCAAGCCUCCAAGGUAGAAUUCUGACAGAAGAUCCCUCCCUGUUGUGCACUGGUGAGCCCAAAGCUGCACUCAGUACUCCAGAUGCAGUAUCAAAUGCUGAAUUCAUCCAGUGGGAUUUUACCUUGAGCUUCUGUGCUGGAGCAAAAUCUCACAGGUUUGCCCGUCCUGCUGCUCAUAGGUUGGACUCUGGCAUUAAGCAGGAAGCUCUAAAGGUGUGUGACUUGGCUUCACAGCUUUGUCCUUACUUUGGGCUUUUGAGGUUACAGAUGCCAUCCUGCAGCAGAUGAUCUUUUCCCUCGUCAGACAGGCUCUUGGUCAAGUUCUCAUUUCCUCUCUCUGCCACAAUUUUUCCCUUAUAUUUGUAGCUAUUUCUAUUGACUCUGGAGUCCUUUAAUCCAGCUCCUAACUCAAUGCAAUUGCUUGAAGGUUUGCAUCUGGUGAGAAUCUGUACAUUAGGUUGCAGUUACACAACAGAUGGUUCAAUCAUGUAGCUUCUUGUUUCCUUCUGGGUAAAAAUUAUGCCAAAGCUGCUAUUACUGUAGCAUACACUACUGUCAUGAAGUGUAGCUCGCAGUGGAGCCAGCUGUGCUGGGAAAAACAAUCACUACGAUGUCAUCUGGCUGGCUGGAGCUGAUGAGGCUGAAGCAGUGCUUGCAUGUUGGUCUGGACCUGCCCAGAAGGUAGCUUUGUGCUGGAACAUCUCUGAGCCCAACAACUGGCUGACAGGGUUAGAGCAGCACACGCUGCUGGCCGGAUUGUUUGCAGGACUGUGCAUGUGUAGUAAGCAGCAGUGAAUGCACCUAGCUGAGAUGGUGGGCUUGCUCUGUUAGAUGGCUUUCACAGGGCAGUAAUAGAGCAGAGAGCGUUUUACUUUGUUCUAAGCAAAGCAUUUUGAACAAUACUGGGGUUUUCUUGGAACACUGUUGUUUAAAUUCCAGAUUUGUAAUCGAGUUUGGUACCUGUGCUUUUUUGAUACCUUUCUGAUUUACCAACCCUGAAUUAAACCCUUCAGAAGGUCUGGCUGGUCCUCUCCUCGUGUGUCACUUUACGCUUCAGAAAGAACUUGUGCCAAGUCUCCCCCUUUGCUCUCAAGAUAGAAGAACCCACUGACAAUUCAUGGGUGGCAGCUAAGGUAGAAACUCUUUAAAUAAUUUUUUUUUUUUUCCAGAGAAUAUUAAGUUAGAUCUGUGUAAACAUAAAUUUUAUAUUUAUUAAUGUGUGUGAGUGUGUAAAUAUAGAUAUAUAAACGGUCCGUGACUAUUUCUUUCUCUUCAGUGGUACUUUACACAGACUUUUAUGCCGUAUGUCCACAAAUUCCUGCACCGGGCACUGAUUUGGAAAGAACAACGUACCUGUUUGUGUGGCAGAUGUGGGCAGCCUGCAGAAGCAGCUUUCCUCCACUGAUUGCUGUAUCCCUCUCGCAGAGCAGAUGAGGCGCUGCAGUGCUUGCAUCUGCCUUGUGUAGGAGCUCCUGGCUUUGUCGUGCACUCAGCACCCACAGCCCGUGCUGCUUUCCUGGCAAGAAAACCCCCAACUGGCACUAAUGAAAGCUGGAAGCCUUUCUUGUCUCCAGUUAUCUCUAGAUGUGGUAUUGGGGAGUUCUUUACGCUUCUGCUGUGUAAGUAAUGGGACCCUCUUGCUAACAGAGGGAACGGAUGGAGGGUCUGUGAGGAUGCUGUGAGGCUGAGGAGCUCCUCUGUCUGUCUGUCGGGGGGUGAACUAUCAUUGGGGCACAGAGAAACAGUUUCUUCAUGGUGGGAUUUUUCUCCUUUUACACUUCCCUCUCUUUAUGGGGUAUGAGGUGUCUAUUCACAGAGAGUAAAUUUUCCCUAACCUGUCAAAUUUCAGUCCUGGUUUAACUCCAGGAUGCUAAAUUCAGAAACAUGCAUUUUUGACCUACUUGGGGCUGUGAGAACUAUUCUUAAAAGCACGUGAUACUGGGCUUCCUAAUCUGAAGAGCUCUUACCAGAGCUGCAAUUCCUUUGUGAGGACCUGAGCAAGUGCUUUGCCUCGGUUUCUGCUUACUGUCUGCUGGUUGGGCUUUGAUUUUGAGGCAAAACAGGGUUUGAAGGUGUUACAAGGAGGAACUUUGUAUAUAUACAAGAAUAGGAGCAGUGAAAGGAAACAGCUUUCCUUCUCAAUAGAAAGAAAGUAAAAAGAAAAGAAGAGGAGAAAAAAAAGCCCUUGUGACAACCAGCCUUCCCUGUUAUUUGGUAUUAUUUGAUUACUACUUCAUGUCUGCUGCUGGGUUAAGCAACACAUGCAGCAUCUCAUACCUUGGCAUCCUUGAUCCAGACCAUUCAGUCUCACUUCUAUCCCACUCAGUUUCACUGAAAGCAAUCUGAAACAGAGCCUUCCGUAAAGCUAGGGGUUGAGGAGAAAAGCCUGUUAGCUCAAGUAAAAUGUGAUUUAAUUGGAGCAGAAAAAGUGAUGUUUCCUUCUGUUUCGCUGCCUUGCUGCUAAAAGUCCAGUGCAGGAGAUGCUGAUGCUUUGCUGUGCUGAGUGCUGCUCCUUAGAUUUGGGCAGGCUAAGAAGGCAGGUUGGUUUCACAGCAGGGUUAGGGUUUAGGGGAUUGCUGUAAGGCUAAAUUCACUGUAUUCCAGCCCACAAGAUGGUCUUAAAGCAGAGAGAAUCAGAGUAUUGUACUUUGUAAGAGCUUUUUUAAUGGAAAAGAAAGCAAUGUUUGAAAAAAAAAAAAAAAAGUGUUCAA